UCAACAUAAGGCGAUGUUUAGCGCCCCCCAGUGGUAGGAAUACAUGUAGAAAUAAAAUAUUUAUCCAGUCAACGGCUGUAACUUAGAUUUUACACAUAAAUAAGACAAAAUAUUAAGGACAGUGAUAAAAAAACUCAUUACUUUAUUUAAACUACAAUGUAUUUUAGUGCAGAAACAUCUCGAAGACAAAACGAUUUAAUUUAGAGCCAAAUCUGGGACAGAUUGCGGAUCUGCUAGUGAGGAAAACACGUUGUGAUUUUAAAUUGUUACACAUGGAAAUUGUAAAAUAUAUAAUGUAUGAUAUCUGUUUGUUAAACACUGAAAAGGCAAAACAUUUUCUUCUUGAUUUCUGGCUCGUUUUGUGUAGUUAUACAGUUCCACAUUAAGGCACAAGGUGGCGGCAUUUAUUUCUCAUCACCGACUUCCAACAUGGCGGCGCCCAUUGCGCGGUCAUGCUGCGGUGUUAGUCGACUGAAAUCACACGUUAUAUACAGAAAAACUCCUUUAACUUCUUGUGUUAGAGUUUUAUUUCACACUGCCGCAUCCAGACGAACCGGACUCCUCUCGUCCCUAUAUAACCGGGGCAUUCUGAAGGAGGCGUUCCCGGAGAAAGCGGCUCAGGUCGAGUUACCGGAUCUGCUCCGCUCCGGACCGCAGACCAUCUACUGCGGCUUCGACCCGACAGCGGACAGCCUGCACGCCGGCAACCUGCUCGCCAUCAUCGGCCUGCUGCACUUCAGAGAUGCGGGUCAUGACGUUAUCGCGCUCCUCGGCGGAGCCACGGCGCGGAUCGGCGACCCGAGCGGGAAGGCGGCCGAGAGAGAGCGACUCUGCCCGGCCACGGUUGAGCGCAACGCCCGCGGGAUCCUCGAGGACCUCCAGCGGAUCUUCAACAACCACGAGCUUUAUUUCAGCUCAGACCCGAGCAGAAUGGGUCGGGUGACUGUUACAAACAACUCGCACUGGUAUAAGGACAGACAGGUGGUAGAGUUUCUGUCGGAGGUGGGCAGGUACUUCCGGAUGGGCACGAUGCUCAGCAGACACAGCGUGCAGACGCGACUGCGCAGCGCAGUCGGGAUGAGCUACUCAGAGUUCUCUUAUCAGCUCUUCCAGGCCUUUGACUUCUAUCAUCUGCACCAGCUGCACGGCUGCAGGAUCCAACUGGGCGGAACCGAUCAGCUGGGAAACAUCAUGAGCGGCCACGAGUUCAUACACAAAAAGACAGGGGAGGACGUGUACGGUCUGACCAUUCCUCUGGUGACCAGCUCAAUGGGAGAUAAACUGGGGAAGACGGCUGGUAACGCUGUCUGGCUGAGCAGAGAUAAAACAUCACCCUUUGAGUUCUACCAAUACUUCCUCCGCCUGCCAGAUAACAGCGUAGAGGGGUAUCUUAAAUUGUUCACUUUUCUACCUCUGGCUGAAGUGCAGAAGGUUAUGGAACAGCAGAGACGAGAGCCGGACAAGCGGACCGCUCACAAACGUCUGUCCGCUGAGGUCACCAAACUGGUCCACGGCAAAGAGGGACUGGAGAGUGCCAAGAGAUGCACAGACGCUCUUUAUCACAGUGACAUUCAGGCUCUGGAACAGAUGAGUGACGUGGAAUUACAGGAGCUGUUCAGAGAGGCUCCGUUUCACGAGGUUUUUCUGGAUCCGGGAUCGACUGUGUUAGACGCCUGCAGGAGGGCAGAGGCCAUUCCUGAGGGUCCCCGCGGGUAUCAGAUGAUACAGGAUGGUGGUGUUUGGAUGAACCACCAGAGGGCAGUAAACCCAGAGCAGAUUCUGAUUCCAGGUCAGCACAUCCUGACGAAUGGACUCAGUCUGAUCCGAGUGGGCAAGAGGAACUUUUACAUCCUCAAGUGGAUCAGUAUGUGAUUUAUGAACCAUCGUCCGGUUCACCGAUGGCUUCCAGAGAUCAAUCAUCCAUCCAGAAAUGUGUACUGAAUGUGACAUAAUCAACAUGCACUUGUGUUUUCCAGUGGAUUUUGUGUGUUUAAUAUGACAAGAAAUAAAGUAACACAGUCGUGUAAUUCAGAAGUUCUCCAGCAGUUGUCAGUAGAGGUCUGAAUUCAUUUAGAAUAGCUGUUCUCAUUUCAUCAAAGACAUGGAACUUAUAUGUUGAAUUGAUUUUAUUUGUGAGAAACACCUCAGGGAUGGUUGUAUUUACAGUCUGUGGAUUAUAUCAAAGACAUGAGAACAGUCUUGACUUGUUUAAUUCCUUCAAAUUACGUCUUGAUGAUGUGAGCGUGAAUGUGUUCUUGAUUUAAAUCUAUCCAACUCUUCAAUUAAAUAUAAAAUAUGACGGCCCAGUUUA